AUGUCGGAAUUCCAGAGGUCUCCCAGCAUGUAUCACGCAUCCACUGCCCUGGGUGCACUUGAUCUGAGCAGGAAGGCGCUGCUGACUAUACCUCUGGAGAGGAGAGAUGCGGCUGUGGGAGCAUUAACCGCCUACCACACCUCGAUCGGCCAAUUGAAGACGGAGAUUGUAAGCAACAGCGUGCCACGAGACGUCAGUUUAUGGACUACGUUUUUCUUGGGGCUGUUCGAACUGAUGCAUGAUAUGACUGGAGAAGGCUGGGUGAAGCAUUUUCUGUACGGCACGUCCAAUAUGCUCCAGCUUCGUGGUCCAGAAGCCCAUAUAUCUGGCUCCGGGCGGUCAUUUUUCCUCACAGUGCGAGUCUUUGAGAUUUGUCGCGCUCUCAUUUACACUGAACCUACUUUUCUCUGCCGGCCGGAAUGGAUGUCACUCACAACUAAGAUCUGGAACGAGGAUCUCAACAACGACUGGCACCCAAAGGAACCAUUGUUUGAUCUGAUGAUCACGUGUUCUUCGAUAAGUCACCGGGUAUGGGGUAUGCUCAAACCGGGCUCCGAUUAUCCGAGCAUGAUCCUUCACGAGGCCCUUCUUGAGCUUGCCGCUGAAGGCUUCGUUGUUCGGUCAGCUCUUGGUGAUUGGUAUGCGGCCUUCCAAAAGUGGUCGGCGGAUACUGGUACGCCCGCACAUAAUCCCCAGUCCGUUCUCGCAACAAUAUAUUUUCACAGCAUCUCCAUCUACCUGUCUGGAAUCUUCGACUACCGCGCUCAAUUCGACGAAAUACCCGCACCCACAAUCUCACGGGCUGUUGUUCAGAAACACGUCGAUGCGAUUCUGCGGAGAUCACUUUGA